UUAUUUAGAGUAAAGUCGAAAGUUCAAGCAGUACCGUUGAACGAUAGUGAUUCUUAGAUUAAUUUUGUGAAAAAGUUUUGUUACAAAUCAUAAUGAGUGAUCAAAAGAAUGCUGCUGACAGUUCAGCGACCGAAUCUAGCCCGUGCGAGACGCCAGGUAGCGAAUGCAAUGGGAUUGGGACACGAGCCCAGCGCGAGUACAAGGACGAGAUAGUGAAGGACAUGGCAAUAGAGAAAAUGCGACAUAAAAUGGAUACCAUCGUUCAGAAAGUGGAGAAGGACGUUGAACGUAAGCUUGACCUACUGGUGGAUGACCUGGUAAACGAGGUGAAAAUAUUCAAUCUCAAGAACUACGAACUACGUCAGCUGUUCAGGGAAAUGAAUCCGUCGGCCGUACGUCGUUCGGAAAACGACUCCGGUCGUCGGCGCAGUGCCAACGGAACGCUACCGGAGAAAGAGUUUCUAGCGAGGAAUUCGCUACUAACCGAUCUGUUCGAGGUGAAACAUAUUAAGACCAUCUAUCACAUAUUUGUUGUGAUCUUAAUUAUCAUGUUCCUAAAUACUGUGGUACACGAUUUCGUUGACCGUGGAAGUAUCAAUCUCGGCCUUCGGCCCAUCAUAGCAGGAUUUGGAAAGUUUCACUUAGCUUUAUUGCUUUGGAGUUGCAUGCAACUGUCAGUAUUGUGCGUCUAUCCAUGUUUUCUCGUUUGGGCACGUUUACAUAAAGCCUUUCAAAACAAAACCCUAAGGAAAAUUUGGGAUCUUUGUUCCAUUUUAGUGCUUGUUUCCUAUCAAUGGGGUUUUAUCAUCGGUGUGAUCAAAACUGUUAUCCUAUUGGAUCUUCCACCAGCAUCAUCAAUAGCUGUUCUAAUGGAAAUGACUCGUUUUUCGAUGAAAGUGUACGCUUUCGUUCGUAGUAACAUUCCACGUGCGUUAUCGCCGUGUAGUAAAAUAUCAGCAGAUGACAAACCACCCCAUUCAACACCGUUACCGGCAUUCUCGAAGUACUUGUACUUCCUGUUUGCUCCAACGCUUGUCUACCGAGACGAAUAUCCACGAACGAAACAAAUCCGCUGGCCGGUGGUGUUUCGGCAUGCAUUGGAAGUGCUCGGUGUGGUUUUCUACAUCAGCUUUAUCUUCGAACGGUUCCUGAUGCCCCUAUUUGACCGUUUCGGAGACGCCCAGAUAACUGCCGGUAACUUUGUGCUAGCACUGUUUGGAAGCAUCAUGCCCGGAUCGUUGUCCUUCCUGUGUGGAUUCUACUGCUUGCUACAUGCUUGGAUGAAUGCUGCCGCUGAACUGCUACGGUUCGCCGAUCGAAUGUUUUAUCGAGACUGGUGGAAUGCCUCAUCUUUUCCGGAAUACAUUCGCUCGUGGAAUGUUGUCGUACACGAUUGGUUGUAUACGUACAUCUACAAGGAUUCGGUUGAGCAUGUGUUCAAGAAUUGUCGGUCACUGUCGACAGUCCUGGUAUUCACCGUUUCAGCUGUGUUCCAUGAGGUGAUUCUGGCGUUCGCUUUUCGAUUCUUCUACCCGGUUAUGUUUGUACAGUUUGAAUUCAUGGGUUUGCUGCUGAUGUUCGUUACACGCAAUGUAAGCAAAGAUGCCGGGAAUGUUCUAUUGUGGUUCAUGCUUUGCAUCGGUAACGGAAUUCAGCUGAGUUUGUACAACAUGGAGUACUACGCUAGGCGAAACUGUCCUGUUAGCGGGGCAUCGAUGAUACAUGACUACCUGGUCCCAGUGUCGUGGACGUGCAACGGAAUAUCGCACAACCCAAAUUGGACAAUAACGGCACCGUGGAACCUGAGCUAGGAGAUAUUGUUGUGCUGUUAGAGUUGUAGCAAACCAGAGGAUAGUCUACUUAGCAAAUAGUACCUGUUACGCUCCUCGGCCAGGAAUUACCAAUGAUUGGAUGGAAUUAACAAGACUGUUACCAGUGUUUUUUUGCAUUUUUUGGUUUUCUUUUUUGUGUUCAAAAAACUGCUGUCUUAUUGAUAGGUUUAUAUCUAGUUUAAAAUUUAGAAGAAUUUGUUUUUCUUAUUCUCAAACAUGAACCAGAAUCGUUGUAGGUUGAUUCUUCACAAUGUCACAUUGUAACGUCAAUUUUUUUGAAAAAAGCGAAAAUAUAAAUAAUGGAGUAA